UGUGAGGAAGUGGGCAGUUGCGAGCCCGCAGCAGGAUGCAGGGAGCGGUGGGGGAGCUGAGGACCCUCUCGGAGGGGGAUGUGGCCGCAGCCUGGGCUCUGGAGGCGGCGGGUUACCCCCCGGAGGAGGCGGCCAGCCUGGCGAAGCUGCAGUACCGGCAGAGGGAGGCUGGCGAGCUGUUCUUGGGGCAUUUUGUUGACGACCAGUUGAUCGGGUUUGUCUGUGGGACCCGCUCGCUUGAGGAUCACCUGACAGAGGAGUCCAUGGACGUCCACGAACCCACGGGCACCACCAUCUGCAUUCACUCCGUGUGCGUCGACGGUGCGUGGCGGCGCCGAGGGGUGGCCCUGGGCUUGCUUCGCGCUUACGUGGCACGUGCUGCACUCACCCUGCCCCCUCCCAGGAGGAUCUGCCUCCUCAGCCACCAGCAGUUGCUGCCCCUCUACACCAAGGCCGGCUUCACGAUGCUUGGCCUUUCGUCUGUCAGCCACGGGCCCGAAGCCUGGUAUGAGUGUGCCAUCGAGCUGGGCACAUGAUACCAUCCUCGCGGACCAGUGACUGACAGCUGCCAAUCCGCGUUCCCCCCACUCCCCCCACUGUGCUAAACCACAACAUUUGGGGGGGGGGAGUGGGGGGUAGCUGCUCUAGUUUUAAAACAUUCUUGACACAACUCAUUCCCCUUCCCCAUCCCCAUCCCCAUCCUGCAGCUACAUGCCUCAGGCAGUGGCCAUUCAACCGCAAAAGGCACCAUUCCGGGCUGUCAGUGCUCCCUGCUGAGUGGGGUGGGGGUGUGUGUACCUUUUCUGUGUUUGUUCCUAAUACCCCUCCCCACCGGUCACCGAGCUCAGGGGCAAACGCGCACCGCUUCUGGAGACCGAAUGGAGGCGAGGGGCAAACGCGAAAUGUGAUGCACACUAUAGUCGAAUAGUUCAUCAGUGCUCUGCUGCCAGGUCGAUCAAUCAAGAAUGGCCACUAGAGUGAGGCACCAGGAGGCAAACAGAACCUGCACAAUGUUCCCUUCGAGAGAAGGUCAGCUUUCACCUUUACACAGAAUAGUUAUGGUGCAGGAGGCCACUCAGCCCAGUGUGCCUUUUCCCCCAUAUUCCCCUGCACCAUCACUGUCCAGCUAACGAAGGAUACGCAGAGUGUUACAAUCAGAUCAGGAGUUCAGUGAAACCAUUGCUAACUGUUUGGAAUGUUAAAGGUUUUCCAUGUUUCCAUCCAUUCAGGAUCCCAAGCCCGCUGCUGCUCGGUGUUAAAACGCUGAUUAAUAAUCAAAGUUUGUCCUACAGAACGCAUCCACGGCCAGGCAAAUUGUAAACUGCUUCCCCCACUCUGCAAAUUCCUCUCUUACUCGCAAUUUGGUGGACUCUCCCUGUUGCCAAGCUGAAUAAGUAACUUUGUGCCGAUAGUAAAGUAACCCUUACCCUCAUGAAGAAAUAGCUCUGCAGUCACAAUAAGUAACCUGUUACCUGCUGAAAUGACACGCAGCCCUUAAUACCAGAGUUGUGAGGCUGGGCA